GCUGAAGUUCUUCCAUAACGUCACAACGCCGACGUUCGUCCCGGCAGAGGACAGUUCGAAGAUGGCGACCUCCCUUAGGUGUGUUCUCCGGUCGGGGAAGAAUGCAGUGUCAGCGUUUCAGCGGCGGGCGUUCCACAAGAGCUGUCCUGCUGCAGCGCAGGUGACUGUUCGUGAUGCUUUGAACCAGGCGAUGGAUGAGGAGCUGGAGAGAGAUGAGCGGGUGUUUCUUCUUGGGGAGGAGGUGGCUCAGUACGAUGGAGCUUAUAAGGUCAGCAGGGGUCUGUGGAAGAAGUAUGGAGACAAGCGCAUCAUCGACACUCCCAUCUCAGAGAUGGGAUUCACUGGAAUUGCAGUGGGCGCUGCAAUGGCUGGACUCAGACCUAUCUGCGAGUUCAUGACCUUCAACUUCUCCAUGCAAGCCAUCGAUCAGGUCAUCAACUCAGCCGCCAAGACCUACUACAUGUCUGCGGGUCUGCAGCCAGUGCCCAUCGUUUUCAGGGGACCCAACGGGGCAUCAGCAGGCGUUGCUGCCCAGCACUCGCAGUGCUUCGCUGCCUGGUACGCUCACUGUCCAGGUCUGAAAGUUGUGAGUCCGUGGAGCUCAGAAGAUGCCAAAGGUCUCUUGAAGGCAGCGAUCAGAGACGACAACCCAGUCGUUUUCCUGGAGAAUGAGCUGCUGUACGGCGUUCCUUUCGAGAUGUCCGACGAGGCUCAGUCCAAAGACUUCACGAUUCCCAUUGGGAAGGCCAAAAUAGAGAGACAAGGAACCAGUGUGACUUUGGUGUCUCACUCCCGGUUUGUUGGCCACUGCCUGGAUGCUGCUGCUGUCCUGUCUAAAGAGGGAAUCGAGUGUGAGGUCAUCAACCUGAGGACUAUCCGCCCCAUGGAUGUGGAGUCCAUUGAGACCAGUGUGAUGAAGACCAAUCACUUGGUGACGGUGGAAGGAGGCUGGCCACAGUUUGGUGUUGGAGCUGAGAUCUGUGCCCAGAUCAUGGAAGGUCCAGCCUUUAACUACCUGGACGCACCAGUCACCAGGGUGACAGGUGUGGACAUCCCAAUGCCAUACGCCAAGAUUCUGGAGGACAACAGCCUGCCACAGAUUAAGGACAUCAUCUUCUCAGUGAAGAAGACCCUAAAUGUGUGAGAUGUGACCCUCUGCACCGAUCUCUGUACAUACAAAAGCAUUUCCUUGACAUAAACGCUCCUGCCAAACCGCUAACUAAGUGCGUAAUCUCCAGACCAGGUCUCGUCCUCAAGCACUGUCCUCAUCUAGAAAUGAUAAAUGGUGUUGUCGAAGUCAUCAGUCAUGAUGAGUGAAACAGACUGCUGACUAAAGUCACUCCAGGGUUUUAAAAAGCAACUCGUCUUUCUAUUUUCACCGAGUCUUUGCGGCUGUCAGUCCUCUCACGGAUUCGAAUUUCCCAUUACGAUCGGUCUCUAAAUUGAACCCCACAGAAUAAUGUAAAAUGAGAGCAGCAGAAUGGUUGACUGGUUGAGAAAUAUUUAUUGUAGCUGCUCAGAUGUCGUUUGUUGCUGUAAAAACUAUUCUGUUACAACAUACUAAUAAAAACCUUCCAGUCCUUUC